GUCCCAUGUUCUGUCAAAACAAAAGUCACCUGCUAACGGGCACAGACUGCAAGUUAGCAAGCAAGCAACGAACCUCUUAACAAUGGCAGGCAAACGAGCAUUAGUAAUACUAUCUAAAGGUGCAGAGGAGAUGGAAACGGUUAUUCCCGUGGACGUCAUGCGCAGAGCUGGGAUAGCCGUGACGGUGGCUGGACUGACUGGCAAAGAGCCAGUGCAGUGUAGCCGAGACGUUCUCAUCUGCCCUGAUGCCAGCCUGGAGGAAGCCAGGAAGCAGGGUACCUAUGAUGUCGUGCUCCUGCCAGGGGGGUUGCAGGGUGCCCAGAACCUGUCAGAGUCUCCUGCUGUGAAGGAGGUGUUGAAGGAUCAGGAGGCCAGGAAAGGCCUGAUUGCUGCCAUCUGUGCAGGACCCACUGCUCUCCUGGCUCAUGGGAUUGCAUACGGCAGCACAGUAACCACCCACCCUGGGGCUAAAGAUAAGAUGAUGGCAGGAGACCACUACAAGUACUCCGAGGCCCGGGUUCAGAAGGACGGGCACCUGAUCACCAGCCGCGGGCCAGGCACCAGCUUCGAGUUCGCCCUGGCCAUCGUGGAGGAGCUCAUGGGGGCAGAGGUCGCUGCUCAGGUCAAAGGACCGCUGGUUCUGAAAGACUGAGCCACGGACAUUUGUUCUUCAGCGCCAACACGGCUUCCACUGCACCCCUGCACAGCACUUAGACUCUCAGUCGGACAUCACAGGAAUAAAGAAGAAUUGUUGGAAGGAUUUCAUUUAGCAAUAUGAAUUGAUCCUAAUGUUUUCCCCCUUACUGGUGUUUCCCGUUUAGUUUAACUAACAGCAUUGUUUGAGUUUUGAUGAUUGGAAUUGUGUCGAGUCGACUAUUAGAUUAAAUGUAAAAUGUGACAUU